AUGGCGGUGGAGAGUAAUUUGUCGGGUUUGUGCAGUAACCUCCGAUUUAAACAAAGGCGGGAAACUUCAACUAGUAUGGCCAUCCUCGGCAUAGGCGUCGACCUCGUUAACAUUCCUCGUAUAACGGCGCUUCUCAGUCGCAGGGACCCUCAAAGAUUUGCGUCUCGGAUCCUUAGUUCAGAUGAGCUUGCUCUCUGGCAAUCAAUGCCACUAAACCGUCGAGUUCAGUUCUUGGCCGUUCGAUGGGGGGUAAAGGAGGCAGCGUACAAAGCAAUGUUUCCUGUGGCAAGACCGACGUGGAAAGAUCUGACCUACCAUGGGGCAAAAGUCGCCGACAACGGGCAGUGGCAAAAACCUUCUUUAACAUACCGUCCACCGGGCUCUAGCAUCCCUGUAAUCGACCAAAUACACGUCUCCGUUAGCCACGAUGGGGACUACGUAUAUGCUUCUGUGCUAGUCGAGGGCUAUUCCUGA